AUGCCCAAAGUGUCUAAAGAAAAGAAACGAUUUACAUACGUCGAGCCUACACCAGAAGAAGUUAUAUCAUUACAAAAAAAGUCUGUAGUAGAAAAUACACAUAGAUCUAUAUUGAAUUGGACAAAACAGUUUGAGAACUAUCGUAAAGAUACAAACCUUCCUGGUGAAUUAUCUAAUAUUUCAAACCCAAAGCAACUUGAAGAAGAGCUUUGUAAAUACUUUACUGUAUGCCGUAAGACUAAUGGUGACGAAUAUUCUGUCACAUCCCUUCAAUCUGCAAUUAAUGCAUUAAAUCGGUAUUUUAAUG